CACUUUAGAUGACAACAAGACAAGAGAGCUAAACAAUCGAGCUGGCAGCAGUUCUCCAUUGCGAGUUGUCCCGUCUGUUACGUCUCUGUAAAUUAUAAAGCAACCCAAGGUUAACUGACAGGGAGAUAUCUGCCUGAUCAUGCCACCAAAGAAGAAAAAGGGUGGGAAAAAGAAGGGGAAAAAGAAGAAGGAUGAUGCCGAGUUGGAACUUGAGGACAAAUACAGAAAGACGAUGGAUGAGAUUGAAGCACUAAAAGAUCACCUGGCUAUUCGCAAGGAAAUAGCCAGGCGUUCCCAGUCAAUGGGAGAUGAAUGGAAGGCACAGGUGAAACAGGCAGAGAAACAAGUACAAGAGUUAAAAGAUGACCACCAGUCAGUCAGUGCAGACAUGACAAGACAGUACAAAACUAUGCAGACAGAUCUCAGUAUUCAGAUUCAUGACCUGAAGACAAAACUAGAGAGAACACAGAGAGAGUUGGAGAAAACCCAGCAGGAUCUAGCAGACACGAGAGCAGAGAGGGAUAAGAUUAUCAAGGAGAAGGACAGCGAGAUCCUGGAUCUGCAGGUUAAGAUACAGAGCCAGGAAGAGGCUUAUGAAAAGAUACUGAACAACACCCUGGACAGUCUGUCAGAGAAGAUCAAAAAUGCCCGCUUGGUCUGGGUUGAUAAAGAAUCUAUGAUAGCUCAGAAAAACAAAGCCACUCUGUUGGAAUUUGGACUGAAUCCACUGGAUUUAUGAUGAUUUUUUAAAACAAAGAAAUAUGGAAAGAGAUUUGAUGGAAUUUGGAUAAAAUUUUUCCAUAUAAACUGCUGAAAACUGUGGUAGAUUAUUAAGAUUUCUGAUGGUAAAAUUGUGGAGGGACAUAGAGAAAAGUGGAUGUAUAUUAUUUAGAAAUGAUCUCCCAUUACUCCUGUGUACUUAAUGUUGUUAUAAUUUAAAUACAUUCCAAUGUUUGAAUAGAAGCUGUUCAGUUAUGUUCACCAUUUACAAUAAGAUGAAUGCAAAGAUGACUUAUAUCCUUUAAUUCAAUGUAUUUCAAAGUGAGGAAAUAAUAGCCACGCUAUCUUAUAUUCCAUGUCAUCUUUGGUUUUGACAAUGCUGAUGUAAGAAAAAUACUCCAUUUUAGACUAUAAAUGUUAUUGUGCACCAUUA